AUAUAAAGGCUGGCCAGACCUAGAAGGGACCAUGAAGCAACUCCAGGGAACCAGAGAGAGAGAAGCCAGAAGACAUCGACCAACAUUUCUCACACACUCAACAGAGGGAAUACAGGAGGUCAAAAGAUGAAAAGCACCCACUCUUUCGCUGGACUUCUGCUCUUGAUCAUUGUUCAGAGCAGCUGGCAGAUCCCGCAGGAGAGCACAGAGGACAACUCUAGCCUGUUGACAGAGGACUCCAUGUUCAGUGAGCCAAGGGAGCUUUCAAACAUGAAGAGACAUUCAGAGGGAACCUUCUCUAACGACUACAGUAAAUAUCUUGAGUCGAGACGAGCACAAGACUUUGUCCAGUGGCUAAUGAACUCCAAGAGAAGUGGUGGUCCCAUCAAACGGCAUGCAGAGGGUACCUACACCAGCGACGUGAGCUCCUACCUGCAGGACCAGGCAGCCAAGGAGUUUGUGUCCUGGCUGAAGAAUGGCCGAGGCAGACGAGAAUAGGGCUCCUCUACUCAUUCACAGAGUCCCCCAGUGUCUUAUGUCCCUGCAGUCAAGAGAGAAUGCAACUCAUCCAGAAUGACCCCCUUGUUCCAUUUCAUGUUUUAUAACCUGCAUCGUCCUCUGGUCGUGCUAAUAAAUCCCCUGACAAGAAA